AUGGAGGAUGCUGAUCAUAUUCUGCGUCAUUGCAUUUACUGUUGCCACCUUUGGAAACGGAAAUAUAGUAUUUUCUUUGAUCCUAGAUAUGUUGAAAGAGAGGAGUUCAUUUCUUGUUGCGAUCAUUUUGUUGAUGAUGUUGUGAAUGCUAAUGUUAGCAACACAAAUUCUAGUCCUUCAAUGUCUACAAGUAUCCUGUCUUGGACUCGACCUCCCACCGGUUGGAUUAAGGGAAACUCGGAUGGGGCUGUUAGAACGUGUGACAAUAUGGCGGCUGCAGGAGGUAUUUUGCGCAACUCUAAGGGAGAAUGUAUUUUUGGUUUCACGCGUAGUCUAGGACGUUGUUCGAUUCUUACAGCUGAGCUGCGGGGUGUUCAUGAUCUCUUGUUGCAUGCUUGGAGAUUAGGAAUCCGAUAUAUUAAACUGGAAACCAAUAAUCUCGAGGUUGAAAAUAUGCAGUUUUUCAUCGGAUGCGCUUGUGGGGAAUGCUUUGGUCUCUAA